AUGAAGAACGUCACUCUGCUCUUGGCUUCUCUUCUGAUGGUCACAGUGCUCUCCGAGAACUGUGUCGACAAUAUCGCCACGUGUCCCGACAUCAAGGUCUAUUGCGCUCAAGAAGACGUACAAAGGUACUCAAAAAACUAGAAAUGGCUGUGUCAAUCGUGAUUUCAUUCAGACAAUGUCCCAAAAGUUGCGGAGUUUGCACGACGGAUACGCCAUUUCAAUGCACUGACAACUGGACAAUUGCCCGAACUAUGCCGACGAAUGCAAUCUUCAAAACAUCAAAAAGUCAGUUGACAGUACCGAUUCUAGUCCAAAAAAAGAGAGUUAGCUGAAAAGGAGUGUCCUCCAAGAACCGCUUAUGUUACAGACAGUGUCCGAAGACUUGUGGAGCAUGCGAAUCGGCCACUUCGACCACCGUGCGUCCUUCCGAAUGCAUAGAUCAAUUCACGAAUUGCCAGUCGUUCUCCCGCCCAUGCACCGAAAUCUUUCUCUGUGAGACAAUAGCCCAUUAUUGCUUUGAAUAUCAUGCGUUCAGAUACUGUCCUCUCUAUUGUGGACUCUGUGGUCCCAUCGCCAACACAACUGUUCCUGUUGUAACCACUCCUGUCCAGCCAACGACUUCUUUGAAACUGACAACUGAUGCUCCGACGACGACAGUCAAGACUACAUUAAAACCAACUACAACGACUCUAAGAGCCACAUCUCGAAAGCCGACACCUGCUCCAUCUUGCAAAGAUUCGUCGCCAAAGUAAGCAUCUGAAAAUCUAACAUCAAACUUAACAUUAUAGUUGUCCGGCGUGGGCGAAGAACGGCUUCUGCACCAACAACUUCUACACCCCGGAACAAAAGAAACAGUUCUGCGCGAAGACUUGCAAGCUUUGCUAAAACACCAAUAAAUGAAUAAAUACUGCAUAAAUAGUUCUCCGCAUACGUUUUCCUUCUCAUCGCUUGACAUUCUGUAAUCAUCAUCAUCAUCAUUAUUGUCAUCUUGUUUACUUUCAGAAGAUCACUGCAGUUCUCGGCUGAAUUGCUCACGAGGGACAGGUUUUGUCGCUGUAAAAGUUGUCUGCCAGGAAAGUUGUUCAAACGACGAAGCAGAGCGAAAAGGGAAAGAAGAAGAAGAUGCAGAAAGUUCUGCGAGAGAGUAAGUACCCUCUUGGACAAAACUAUCUGAACAACAAAUUAAUUUCAGACGCAAAAGAAACCUUCUAUCACUGCUAUGCUACACGAACACCGUGGAGAUCUGGACAGACACUUUCACGGUUCACGAAGAAAGCGACGUGAUGAUGAUGAAACGGUGCAAUCGAGAAGAGAUCCCAAUUGACGCGAUCCUUUCGUUCAUCAGUCUCGUGUUUGAGACUAACAACGAUUCGAAAUACUUGUAGAGCGUGAGUUGCUCCUAUGAGUAUCUAAUAUAUUAUCUUUUUCAGAUGA